AUGGACAUCAACAACUCCAAUCACAUCAUUCCCUUCUCCGACUUACAUCACGUCUCAUUGUUCGACAUGGCAGCGCAAGAGGCUGCUGAGUUGACACACGACGAACUGUGGGAUGACUCUGCGCUCGUCAACAGCUGGGACGAAGCAUUCGCCGAGUACAAGAAAUACCACAGCCUCGCAGCGAAGGGGGAGAAGGUACAAGUAGUGGCGGUCGAGAAAGAAAACGAGACUUCAUCAGAAACGCCCAAUGGCAUCACCAAGCAACCACAGUCUACUGCCCCUGUCAACUUCGUCCACACAACAAAGUCUACCGCAACAACAGCUCCAGUUCCGGCCACGACAGCAGGUCCCAUUGUUCCUCCCGGUCUGGCAAGCCUUCCUCAGAACAUCAUCACGCCAGGACAAGACGAGAACCUCAAGAAUAUCAUGAUGUCGUGGUACUACGCUGGCUACUAUACUGGACUGUACGAGGGCCAGCAGAAGGCUUGGGCUGCGAUGCAGGAGGGAUGA